AGAGAGAGAGAGAGAGAGAGAGAAGGAGGUGAAAGGAUAUGGCAGCCUUUCUCAACGGACAGAAGAACUAGGCAACGGACGGACCUGAUGGAUGGCGGACAGCAAACCACACUUAACUAGAUUUAAGGAAAGUAUUGAGGUCCGUGAGUGUGUGCGCUCUCUGUUACAAUUUCCAACGACACAACAAUAUAGGUGCGUUGUCUGGGACAGGGGGAGGGUAUAGAAAGAGAGAAAGAGAGAGAGAUAGAGAGAAGCCUGGACUGAGAGAAAAAGAUAAGCGCAGCAAUUAAGCAGGAAGAAAAAAGCAUGGGAAGAUCCACUUCUUGUUUCAAAAUAAUUGCAUGCGGUGGCGAUUCAGCUGAUAAAGACAAUCUUCAAGCUCCUGAGAGCAAGAAUUCAGGUGACAGACGUGGAUGGAGUUUCCGGAAGAGAUCUGCCCGUCAUCGAGUUCUAAGCAACACUGUCAUCACAGAAGCCCCUUAUUCUGCAAACAAGGAGAGCUCAGAAUCUGCCAGUCUCAACUUCCAAUCACCAGAUACUUCCACUGUUCCAGAAGAAAUCUCUGUGAUACAGUGCACUGGUGAGAAGCCACAGCUGCCAACUUAUGCAGACUCAAAAGAAUCUGAAACUAUUGUUGUUGCCAAGGACGAAAGUAAAGUUGAUGAGCAAGUUGAAGAGUCUGUUGUCAUUGUCAUACAAGCUGCUGUCCGAUGCUUCCUGGCCCAAAGAGAACUUAUCAAACGGAAGAACUUAGUAAAGUUGCAAGCUGUUGUACGGGGGCACUUGGUCCGGCAGCAUGCUGUUGGAACUCUGCGAUGUGUACAAGCCAUUGUUAAAAUGCAAGCACUUGUCCGUGCUCGCCAUGCUCGUUCGAUUCAAGAGGGGUCAUAUACAGAAAAGAAGAUAGAUGAGAAGCAUGAGAAGGCAAUUUUAAAGACCUCGGGGAAAGGAAACUCAAUAACCAAGCCAGAUGUAGCAUACACCUCCAUUGAGAAGCUGCUUAGCAAUAGAUUUGCUCGCCAGCUUAUGGAAUCAACACCAAAGACAAGGCCUAUCCACAUCAAGUGUGAUUCUUCAAAACCGAAUUCUGCUUGGAACUGGUUAGAGAGAUGGAUGUCUGUUUCAUCAGCAGAACCAACGUCACAACCAAAGUUAAUGACUGAGCAGCAAUUUGAAAGAGAGACAAGUGGCAAUGUGACCGCUGAAGUGGAAGCUACAGUUCCAUCUGAAGGUUUUUGUGAGUUGGAAGAUUCAAAGUCCAAUAUACAGGAAACUAAUCUGUCAUCUGAAGCUGAAGAUAAUCUGGUAACUUGCAAUGUAGAUGACUUUAAGUUUCAGGAACGCCAUGUGACCUCUUCUUUAGUAGGAGAUAAUUCAGAGCAGCCUCAGCUGGAGAAGACUUGUGCAUCUGAUGCAAAAGAUCCUUCAAUAGACAUAAAUUCUCUACCCAAUCAAGCAACGGAAUCUGCUGUAAAUUCUCAAGUGGAAAUUUCUCUUAAGGCAGAAAUAGAAUGUGACCAAACUGAUCAACGCAAGCGAUCUAUGAAAAGGUAUGCUUCUGAACAGCUAGAGACUGAAGGAAAGAAGUUUGUAUUUGGAUCAAGAAAAGUCAAUCCUGCAUUUAUUGCUGCUCAGUCCAAGUUUGAGGAACUAAGUUCAACAGCUAAUUCAAAUAGAUCACUCAAUUCAUCAUAUCAAGAUGGUGGAGUUGAAUCAAAUACAGAUACAAUUUCAUCUGGGACUGACACUGUAAUGAGGACAAAGGCGCUCAACAUGGUAGAAAACUCGGUCCCCAAUUAUUUGAGGUCUCAAUAUGGUGGUUCUGAAUGUGGUACUGAACUUUCUAUUACUUCCACUCUUGAUUCACCUGAUGUAUUUGAAGUGAGUGGAGCUGGGUGUGAGCAUGAAGCUAACUCCACUGGGAAAGAAAAUCCUAGCAGCACAGAAGAUAUAGUUGUCGAAGUCAAGAAUGUAUCUACCGAUCUGGUGUCAAAUUUGUCAGACUGUAUAAUGAUUCAACCUGAGCAACUUGAUGUAGUCAGAGGUGAAGCUGUGGAUUCAAUUGUUGCUGAAGACCCCCUGCGUGUAGAGUUGAAGCCAGAGAGAAGUGCUUCUGAAGUCCAAAGAGAACUGGAUUCUGAGACAGGUGGUCCAACAUACAGGUCAAGCCCAGAAGCCUCUCCAAGAAGCCAUAUAACUGUUCCAGAUUCCCAAGGAACACCUUCCAGUAAAGUUUCUUUGAAAGCUAAAAGGAACAAAGCAGACAAGAGUGCUUCAAACCAAAAACGCAAGUCUGUUUCAGCAAGUAAGCAAUCUCCGUCAAACCCAAAUCUUGACUCUGGUGCAAGAAGCAGCAUGGAACAAUUGCCUAAAGACGAAAGGAAUGGGAAGAGGCGCAAUUCUUUUGGCUCGGCAAGACCUGAACCCUCUGAUCAAGAACCUAGAGAUAGUAGCAGUAGUAGUUCUCUCCCUCAUUUCAUGCAAGCCACAGAAUCAGCAAGAGCCAAGAUUCAGGCAAAUAACUCUCCAAGAUCAAGUCCAGAUGUGCAGGAUAGAGAUUACAUCAAGAAGAGACAUUCUUUACCUGGUGCAAAUGGAAGGCAGGGUUCUCCACGCAUCCAGAGACCAAUCUGUCAAGCACAGCCUGGUGCAAAGGGAAAUGGCAGCCAUGUAAUUCAUGAGAAAAAAUGGCAGAGGUGAAAGAGAAUUUGAGGUUUGUGAUGAGCACAAGAUUGUAAUCAAACCAGCAAGGAAAAACUCAGGAGUUGAUUGUUGAUCUACCUUGACACGGUUCUUUUUCUCUUCACAUUAAUGGCAUUUUAGCGUCAUGCUGCACAUGAGAAAUUGGUGGGGAAAGGAGAUAAGUAGGAUUUCUUGUAUAUUAUCAGCAUCCAAAAGAAUUUGUUAUUAUUUUCAAACAAUUUUAUGUUGGAGUUACGGUUGUGUGUUUGUUGAAUAUGAUUCUUGUGUGAUAUUAUUGAGGCUUGUGAAACAUGUUUUGGUUUAUGUAUCUGGAACUGAGAAUGCAGAGUUUCAAAA